UUUACUCAGAAGCUUUCGGUUUUCUUCGCAUUGGGUUUUCCACAACAUUCGAAUACUUUUUCAUUUCCCCUUUUGCCCCUGUCUACGUUAAGAAACGAACCAUGAGAGAGAGCAUACCGGAGGGCAGACGCGGAACAAAGUUUGGAGAAGCAAGCAGCCUCCCCCGCCAGAAAUUCUCCAAUUUCCUCCAAUCAGAUCCGCUCACCUCUUCUCCAACCAACGACUACGAUUUCUCCAAUCGCAGCUGCAUGGCCUCGGAGUCGGCGGGCAACCCCGGCUACUACUCCUCCGAUCACAACAAUCCGAUGAGCGCCAGCGGAUCGUCGCCGUACAUCAUGUCCCCGUGGAAUCAAGCAUCUCCCUAUUCAAAAUCUCCGUGGUCGAGAUCGUCCCCCGUAAUUCCGUUAUCCGACGAGAAUUUCCCAUUCAACGGCCCAGUUGGAUCGCUCGUCCGGGAAGAAGGCCACGUGUACUCGCUGGCAGCAUCCGGCGAGCUGCUGUACACGGGGUCAGAUAGCAAGAACAUACGCGUCUGGAAGAAUCAGAAGGAAUUCUCAGGCUUCAAGUCGAGCAGCGGGCUCGUUAAGGCGAUCGUGAUUGCUGGAGGGAAGAUCUUCACCGGCCACCAGGACGGCAAGAUCCGGGUCUGGAAGGCAUCAGCAAGCGAUCCGAGCAUCCACAAGCGGGCCGGGACGCUCCCCAGUCUGAAAGAUUUCUUGAAGAGCUCCAUCAAUCCGAACAACUACGUCGAGGUCCGACGCCACCGGAGCUCGAUAUGGAUCCGGCAUUUCGAUGCCGUGUCGUGCUUGAGCUUGGAUGAAGAUCAUGGGCUCUUGUACUCGGCCUCUUGGGACAAGACGCUGAAAGUGUGGCGGAUUUCCGAUUCUAAAUGCUUGGAAUCAAUCAACGCUCACGAUGAUGCCAUCAAUUCAGUGGUUGUCGGAUUCGACGGCCUGAUCUUCACAGGAUCGGCCGACGGGACGGUUAAAGCGUGGAGGAGAGAGUUACAAGGCAAGAACACGAAGCACUUGCCAAUGCAGACGCUCCUAAAGCAGGAGUGUGCCGUUACGGCAUUGGCUGUUAAUCGGACGGACUACAUCGUUUACUGCGGAUCAUCGGACGGUCUUGUUAAUUACUGGGAGAGAGAGAAGCAUCUGUCGCAUGGUGGGGUCCUACGUGGCCACAAGCUCGCCGUCUUAUGCCUGGCUGCCGCCGGGAGCCUCGUGUUUAGCGGAUCGGCCGAUAAGACGAUAUGCGUGUGGCAGAGGGACGGUGUGACACACACGUGCCUCUCGGUGUUGAAUAGCCACCUGGGGCCCGUCAAAUGCCUGGCCGUGGAGGAGGAUCGGGAAUCAACGGUGGAUGAUCGUCGGUGGAUUCUGUACAGUGGUAGUCUCGACAGGUCUGUGAAGGUGUGGAAGGUGGCGGAGCAAGCGCCGGUUAUGGCCAUGAUGCAACAGCAGCAAUUUGAGAGCUUCGCACCCCGGGGCCCUGUGGGCCAGAAGACUAGAUACUAAGGACACAUGUCUGCAUAGGAUUAGUGCCACGUGUUGAUGUCGAAAUGAUGACAAUCGGAACACGUGCGGCUACGGUUCGUGGCCAAGCUUUGUGGGGUGGGGUGUAAAUAGCGAUGGUGUACAGUUUGGUAGGAGUGAACGGCUGAGAUGAAGAAUAUAUAUAGAUAGAAAUAGCAUGAAACUCUGCAAGGGUUGUCGGUUGUUUAAAUGCAGUGAAAGUUUUUAUCUUUAUCUUUUUCUUUUUCCUCUCUCUCUCAGGAACAUGUUAUAUAUUCAGAGAAAUUCAAUGAAAGUAUGUUUUCUCUUAGGACAUGGUUUAAACAUUUAUUUAUUGUUAAUUUUUUUUU